AUUUUUUAUAGCCGUUGAUAAGAAUAAUGACCAUAAAUAGCCACCUCUCUCAUUUAACAUCUCACCUCUAUCAAACUCCAAAACCCUAAUUCUUCUUUUUUUUUUUAAGGGCUUUUAUUUGGUUAAGCAAGACACUAGACCGGUACAUUAUACACAAUAAUCCUGCGACGGCCUGCUGUAAGUCUCCGGCACCGGUUAGGCGAUGGGUCGUGCAAAGUUGAAAAUGGAACUCAUUGCAAAAGAGAAGACUCGAAACACUACAUACCAUAAAAGAAAACAAGGGAUCAUUAAAAAAGCUAACGAGUUCUCCAUUCUUUGUGAUGUUGAUACAUCUAUCAUCAUCUUCCCUCCUAACUCAAACGAGCCGGAGAUAUGGCCCGAAAACCCUGUGAUAAAAUCAAGAAAAAUAUCGCUUCUUACAUGUUGAAAAAGGAUGAAACUGGAAAAAGAACCUAUGAUCUCCAAGAUUUCUAUGAAGACCGGAAGAAAAAAGAUCGAAGACGAGCUCGUUAAGGCCCGGAAAAACAACAUGGAAGCCAAAUACGCAACGUGGUUUGAUGACAGGGGCGGAACCAGAGGGGGGUCAAGAGGGUCCGCUGACCCCUCGGACAAAGAGAUUUUUGGAAGAUAAGGAGAAUGUUGUAAGGGCUUAUCUUGAGUUGAAGAAAAGAAACAUGAACAAUAUUCAACUUCCCUUCAUGUUUGAUCCGAUGGUUCACUAUAAUCAGGGUUUGGGUUCGCAUUCGGGUCUUGAUCAUGGCCAUGUGAUGAACCAUAUGAGUCUUGAUCAUGGUCAUGUGAUGAACCAUAUGAGCCAUGAUAUUGGGUGGUUCGGUGAUGCACCGAUUACGCAGUUGAAGCGUGAAGAGUUGGGGUUCGGUUAUUAUCCGGUGUUUGAUGGUGGUUUGGUGUAUGAUAACCCUAACUUGCAAUGGGGUUUGCAGCAACCGGUGGUGCAUGGUGGUGUGGGCGGUGUCAUGCAGGAUAAUCAUAAUGGUGUUAGACCAUGUGUAGUGGAAGGGGAAAAUAAUGCCCCACCAUGGGGCAUUAUUCGACACGUGGCGGUCCAGUCAGCAUGGGGCGUUAUUGCAAAAUUGGCGUAGUAGGAAUAAUGCCAAAUAAUGCCCCUUUCAAUCCUUAAACAAAAAAAAAAAAAAGAAAAAACAAACAAACUGAUUUCUCAUUGGUGGGUCAACCCAAGUCAAACCUUCCACAAGUGCAACAUGGCGUUUUAAAUAUA